AUGGUGACCAUUGAUGUGCACAAUCGGGACGUGGUGGGCAGCCUCCGCGACGCCAAAGUCACUUCGCCGAAGGACUUUGACUGGAUGGCACAGCUACGCUACUACUGGGCCCCCACUGGCUCCAUCAUCAUGUAUGAGACGCAGAAGCCAAGUACUGUGGACAACUGCCAGGUGUCCAUCAUCAAUGCUACGCUUCUGUACGGCUUUGAGUAUCUGGGCAACAGCGAUCGCUUGGUCGUCACGCCGCUGACAGACAGGUGCUACAGGACAUUGAUGGGUGCUUUCCACCUCUUCUAUGGGGGUGCCCCAGAAGGGCCUGCAGGCACUGGCAAGACAGAGUCCACGAAGGACUGCAGAAAUGGUUUGUGCCUUCGUAUGUGUUCACGACUCCAUAGAAGUGGUUGUGGUUGCUACAGAGAUGAGUCUGGCUUCAUGGGUUGA